AUGCCUAUUGACUACAGCCGAUUUGAUGCGAUCGAGGUGAGCGACGAUUCCGAUAUCGAAGUUCACCCCAACGUGGAUAAGCGGUCUUUCAUUCGAGCGAAGCAAAACCAGAUCCACCAGGAGCGUCAGCAGAGGAAGAACCGCAUCGCAGCACUCAAGUAUGAGAAGAUCAUCAACAGUGCCCUGCUGGGCAGGAUAAUAUCGCUCUUGGACUCGCUCAAGUCCCACGCUUCCGAGGCUGCGACUGGGAACCAGGCCGAGAUUGCUUUCAAGGCCGUCAUGUCUACCGCUGGGGACCCGAAGGACGACCAGCCGCCUCCACGACCAGAGGGAGUCUUUAGCGACGACCAACCGCUCCCUUCGUACUCGAAGAUGCUGAUGCAACUACUGGAUCAAGUGAACAAGGCCCUCGAGGAGAAGAAGCCCGAUGAUCGGUAUACGGCGAUGAUGGACGAGAUUCAAGAGCACGUGGACAAGAUUAAGGAGCUGCAGAAGGAACAGGCCAAGGAGCUGGAGAAUCUUGAGAAGGAAGAAGGGAAGAAGAUUACGAGCGAUAACAUUCAUGAUGGAUUCAACAGUUCGUAUGUGAACAAGUCAGGGCCGUCGGAGAAGAAGGAAGAUACCAAGUUGGAGCUUCUGAACCCCAACUUUUCCACCUCUGCGCCGGCAUCGGCAUCAGGAGCGUCUUCAUCAGACAAGGUCGCGGUGGAUGAUGAUGACGAAGUGGAAGCAUCACCCACUGCCAAGAAGUUUUCAGAGAUUAGUGUCAACGACUACCAAGCUAGUUUGAAGUUCCUGUCUCAGCACCCGGAGAUCUUGACGGAAAAAGAGACGGACGGACUGCUUGUGCUUGCAUUUGACGCAGCCUUGGAGCGCAAAGACGAUUUGUCCCGUCAGUGUGUUCACCAGGCGCUAUUGCUACAGUACUGCCGCGCUCUGGGCAAGGAUGGUGUCGCGCUCUUCUUCAAGCGAAUCACGACCAAGGGACAUCAAGCACAAGAUGUGUUCUACAAGGAUGUUCAGGAGACAUACAUGAGAAUCAAGAACAGGUCGGCCGAAAUCAUCGCCGAGCGGGCCAAGGAGCCGACAGAGGUUGAACAGAUCCAACUACAUGCCAUGGAGCCCGGUACUACGAUCCAGAUCAGAGUUCCCCCUGCCGAAACCGACGACCCAGAUGCCCAGGCAGCCCGGAAAAUCUUUGAUAGCUUCGCUCCCGAUAUGAAGAAGGCACUAGAGUCAGGGGAACUGGACGAAGUCAACAAGGUGUUGGGGAACAUGAAGGUUGAAGAUGCAGAGGAGUUGGUGGGUCUCUUUGGUGAGGCCAAUAUUCUAAGUCUCGAAGAUGAGCUUAUCGAUGCCACGACUGAAGAAGGACAGCAGCAGCUCAGAGAAAUGGAAGCCGCAGCCGCAGCUGAGAGAGAAGCUGAGAAAGAGGCCGAGAGAGAGGUGGUGGGCGAUCCCGAGUGA